AUGUUUAUUAUUCAAAAUCGUGAUGAACUUGCACUUGCUUUAUGGAAAAAAUUUAGAAAUCUUAGUAUUGAAAAAUACAAACAGACCUAUGCACGUUUGAAUAUAGAUUUCGAUAUUUACUCUGGUGAAUCUCAAGUGAAAAAUGAGAGCAUAACACAGGCAUUAUCUGCCAUGAAAGAAAAAAAUAUUCUUGAAGAAUCAGACGGAGCACUUAUUGCUGAUCUAAAAAAAUACAAGUCAGAUAUUGCAUUGAUACAGAAGAAUGAUGGUACUACUCUGUAUAUUACCAGGGAUAUUGGUGCUGCAAUUGAACGUUAUGAAAAAUACAAAUUUGAUGUAAUGUAUUAUGUUGUAGCAUCUCAACAAGAUUUACAUUUUAAACAACUUUUCAAACUAUUGGAAUUGAUAGGAGUUGAAUGGGCUAAUAAGUGUAGACAUAUAAAUUUUGGUAUAAUUAAUGGAAUGAGUACUCGUAAAGGCACUGCUGUAUUUUUGGAUGAAAUACUAAAUCAAACCAAAGAAAGCAGGUCUAAACACAGGACCCCGGAUUAUUUUUGCUGA